AUGCUACUUCCACGCGAAUUUUUCUCCACAUCCAGAAAAAAAUAUAAGGGAUCCUCAGUUCAGCGCAUUUAUAGCCUGACACCAAGUUUUGACGAUGUUGCUGCUUCUGCUAAGAUCACAGAAAACAACUCUUGUACUAAGAAUAGUGGGCUUGAUGGAAGUGUCAGAGAAACAGUGUCCAUAUCAACUGCUAGUCAUUUCGUUAACUGCAAUGGAGAAACGGUAUCUGUCACCACGACUGGCUGUGGCCUAUUCACCAAUGCAGAGGAAUCCAUUUUGGUUAAUGAGGCUUAUGAACAUCUGAAAAGUAUCAUAACAAUGAGUCAGACCUAUUCGACUCCUUCUGUUGAUCAUAUGAUUAAAUUAGUGCAACCUCUCUCCCACAAAUUGACCGAAAUAUCGAAUUCUCCUGUUUCAUAUGUAAACGAUAUACUCAUCUCAACGCAAGCAUAUUCAAAUAGAGUUGUUCAAGCUAAUCGACAAAGUCGACCGAAGCAUGUUGAAUGGGUUCGCAGUUGGCUCGUUUUCCUUGCAGCUAUUGCUAAUUUUGUUCAGACCUUUUGUCCAAAUGGUCUGUCAUGGCAAUCUGAAACAUCCCACUCUCCUCCACCUGUGCCACAAGUAACUCAAUUGCUUCCAUCUCAAUUCGCCAGGCCUUCGCUUUCGACUCUUCGUCAGGAACAAGUUAGUCUUUGUGCUUAA